AUGUUCAUGUUAAAUCUGUUGGAUAGCUUGCCGCGGUUGCGCCUCUCGGAUGAUCACAUGAAGGUGAUCAUCUGGGUAAUGCGACAAUGUGGAACACCAAAUGUACCGGCCUUCACAGCCUUACGGUCAACACAAGAUAGAUUGACACGUGAACUUGGGGUGAAAACGACGCACCAUAGGUCAUCCCAAGAUAAUGAGUUCUAUGCUAAUGGCCCAUCAUCCACGUUUCGAUUGGACUGGAGUAAUCCACUCGUCCGUGCCCAUAUGCGCCUGUAUCCUGAAGCUUCAGCCGAGGUUUCAGAGAUAAUGCAGGCCGAAAAGGCGGCGCCAGCGACAACCAACUUGAAAACAAGAGAUCUUGAUCUAUUUCCGCAUAUGUGGGCUGAUUGGGAACGGGCACCAUAUCGCCACUUCUAUAUCAGAGAAGUGGCUAAACUGCAAGAUGGGCGAUACGUACUGGUUUUACGAUGGAUUGUAGAGAGAGAGCGUGUCUGUGCCGAUGUCCAUGACAAACAGUACAACGCCCACACGAACAUGUACCUUGCCAACCUGAAUCUCCCGCAUGAGAAGCUACAGCAAGAGUUCUUCAUUAGGUUUCAUUCGACAUCGCAGCACGCAAGUUCGUCCGAGCAAUUUCACGCCCUGUACAAAGACGCAGGCCCAGACCACUGGAUUGAAGCCUAUGAUUGCGCGAUUAAGCAAGACAUCCUAUUUCGGGUUAUGCCACACAUCAAACCAGCAGACAAUCCUCAGCAAUCGGAGACGUGCUCACACAUUGGCCUCAAAGGGAAUUUCUUCUGUCGCCGGUGCAAGGUUGGAGGGUCUGCAGAGGAGAAGGAGUCCAAUGAGGGGUACGACGCGUUGUUCACGCCCGGAGAACCACGCACACCUGACGAAACAGAAAGGGUCGUCAAAUCACAGCUGUUCAGGGCAUGUCGCGGAGAACGUGAGGCGGUGGAGGAGCUACAGACGGCCACCGGUGUCAAGGACCGGAUUGCCCAAUUCUGGAUUGAAGUCGUGCUUAUUAGGUCUCAGGCCGAGCGAAAGCAGCGGAUUAGCGAUAAGGAGACCCGGGAUUCCCGUCUCAAUGCCCGGAGUUUGAAGGGAGACGAGCGCAAAGCUAUGAAGGAAGUCAUAAUCUCAGAGAUCCAGCAUGAGACCUUUCAAUGGCUAGUUCAGCAACCGCAGCAUAGCUAUGAUGCUCUGCCAGUCGAUUCUCCACUCCGCAAAGACGUUCGACGCGGUGAUCACUAUAACCCUCUCCUCGGAGUACCUGGAGUCGAUGUCCAUCGGGACACAUCCACGGAGAUUCUGCACACAUACCUGGUCGGCGAGGACAAGUACGUCUGGCAUGAUACAUCCCAUCCAUGGAGCAAGAAAGAAGAGCAACUCUUCGCCCAGCGUCUCGAGUCCUCAUGUAUCGACGGCCUCUCAAUCCCCGCAAUCCGAGCGCAGUACAUGGUGCAAUACAAGAACUCACUGGUUGGCAAGCAUUACAAGACACUUCAGCAGCUCGCCGUGUUCCAUUUACAUGACCUAUGCUCGCCAUUGAUGUUUGAAUUGUGGAAGGCGACAGGGGAGCUCGGCGCACUGAUAUGGAUGGACAAGAUAUCAGAUAUGGACCAAUACGUCGCGGAUUUACAGUUGCUAAUCGCAAACCUCCUCGACAUAUGGGCGCUCAUCGACCCGAAUCGCAUCAUCGUCAAAAGCAAGUUACAUAUCCUGUCUCACCUUAUCGCCGAUGUGCCACGCUUUGGACCUGCGAUCUUGUACUCCACCGAGAUAUUCGAGUGCUGGAAUUCAGUCUUCCGCAUGUGCAGUGUCCUCUCCAACCGACAGGCACCUAGCCGCGACAUCGCAGGAACUCUGGCGGAAAUGGAGACGUUCAAGCAUGUCGUAAGCGGUGGAUGGUGGAAGGCGGAGAAUGGCGAGAUGAUUCAGGCGAGCGGGCAAGUUCGUGCUUUCCUUCAGUCAACACCCGAACUCCAACGUCGCCUCGGCUGGGUUGACCCAACCUACCGUCAACCGGGCACAAUCAAACUUGAGGCUCGUCACAAGCAAUCAGUCCCGUCAGAAUCCCUACAAUCAGGCGAGAACAGUGAAUGGCAAGAAAUCCACGGUGGCGACGUAGGCCAGACCCUCAAGAGAUGCGUUCAUGUCAUUUCCCGGUCGAGGGACGUCUGUAAGCGUGGUUCUUGGGUAUUCUAUCAGCAUCCUCAAGCGGAGCAACAACCUGGCAACACAGUAUUCGCAGGUCGUAUUUCUGAGGUAUUCUUGGAGCCGGGCGAGUCUGCCGCCCAGCCUGCUUGCGCGAGAAUACUGAUUCAGCCAUACACAAUUCUGGAUGAAACCGACGAAUACUACAACAUGCCAAUUCUUGUCUGCGACCCAACGGACCACAACACGCGUCGAGUCUGUAUAGCACCAGAGGAUGUUCUGUUCGCAUUCAACGCUCAGCAUGAUUGCCAUGCGAGUGGUUGUGCCCCGACUGGAACGGUCCCUGUGCGGCAGGAACGACAAGAGACGGCGCGAGUUCGGCAAGUGAUCGAACACGUAGGCGACGCUAAUCGGUAUAUUCUGAAUAUGCACGCACUCCAUAAUGCUGCCUUGAUACGACAGGCCCUCCCUCGCAAACUCACAGCACCGAAGCCAUACAUACCAGUUGGAGAACGUACGAAGAGACAUCACGAGAUCGCCGGUCAACUUCAAGUAUCGGGGCCGCAAAAACGGGCAGAUGCGCAAGCGAAGGCGGCCGAGACUCGCGCGCGCAACAAGACCGCGAAAGCAGGGCAUGCCCAAGUCUCGACAGGUGCAGGUGGCCCCGCGUCGUCGACGGGUGGUGUCAGUUGA